AUGAAGAUUUUCACAUCCAUUUUUCUCCUUCUUUCGACAGUGGUACCAUCGGUUCUCUCUCAAUCCAUUAUUGAUUUGGCCGCAGCCGAUGGAAAAUAUGGUACUCUUUUGAAUGCUGUCACCAAUACUCCAGGAGUUUUGGAUGCCAUUGCAAGGAGUUUUCCAGUCACUAUUUUUGCUCCCACCAACGAUGCCUUUGCGGCCAUUGCUUCGACCGUUUCGCAACUCGAAACCAGCGCCCUUGCCACCGUUCUUGCUGGUCACGUCGUCCAAGGAGUCUUUACGGCGCAAGAUUUCAUUCAUAUGGGAUGUGUGGAGCUGACUACGUUGGCGGGAGAUCAUCUGCGUGUCUUGUACCAGGACGGUAGUGUCCUGGUCAACGAAUCAAGAGUCAUUCAGCCAAAUGUUGCUGGAGACGGCGGUAUCAUUCAUGGAAUCGAUAAAGUGAUUCUUCCAGGAACCUUUCGUCGUUGUCCUAGAAAGAAGGGUGGCAAGCGAAGUGGUUCUUCUUCAAGUGGAUCCUCAGGGUCAAAGAGUGGAAAGAGACGACUGAUGCAGCAGCAUGAGUAA